GAAUUGAUAGAUACGUGUAAUUUGUUACUACACCAGUUUAAUAUACCAAUAAAAGUUAUUAAUGUUGAAGAUAUCGGUGCUACAGUUUUUGUUACUCUGUACGAAGGGUUAUAUGGAGAACAGUUACCAGGAAUUGUAAGAAAGCCAGUAACAAGAGAAGAUGAGAUUCACAACUGUCAAACAGUGAUAGACUCAUUGUCGAAAGAUGUUCUUCAUAUUUCCCUGUCUCACAUUCGAGCUGUAGAGAUUAUAAACCAUGCUAGAGAAGAUAUAGCCCACCUGGUGGAGAUAUUCCAGGGAUUAUCAGAGUAUAUUCUUACCAGGAUUGAAACAGAUGCUUCUGACUAUGGAGGUAAGGUUCCAGAAUACUGUUUAUUGUGA